UUUAUUGGUAUUUUGAGACAGGGUUUCUUUGUGUAGCCCUGGCUGUCCUGGACCUCGCUCUGUAGACCAGGUUGGCCUCAAACUCACAGAGUUCCAUCUCUGCCUUCUGAGUUUAAAUUAAGGGAUUAAAGGUGUGCACCACCUCCACCCAGCAUCUCUAAUAUUCUUAACUUGGCCCACCAUCUAGGCUGUUGCCCAGGCCUGCCUAGCCCUGAUCUCUCACCCCUACUUCCUGGACUCUAGGACAAGGAGUUCCCCAAAGGCAGUAGGGUGCUGAAGCAGCAGAGGACAUUGGUGGGCAUAGGUAGAUGGGGCAGAAAAGUGCAAAUUGGGCUGUGUCUGAGUAUGUGCUAAGCUCAGUGAAGGGUUUCUGAGUACACUUGGGACUAGGUGGGCACACUUGCUUUCCAAAGGAUAGGGGCUUUGUCUGAGUACCUGAGCAUCUACUUUCAGUCUGGAGUCCUAAGACCAGAGGCCUGUGCUGAUCCUAGACCCAUCCCGACUCUAACCCUUCUCCUGGCUCCCCACCCAUUCUGAGCCUGCCAGGGAGAGACCAGCCAAUCUCUGGUGUUCAGGGUGUUCAGGGCCACACCCCCAGCUGCCAUUAUCUGGAGGGUAUAAAUAAACCUGCUUCAAAGCUCAUGGCCUGAGAAUUCACACCUGUCUCAGUCAGCCAGCUCUUGGAUGAACACACACAUCCUACCUCCCAUUCCCACAUACACACAGAAGAGGUGCGCCAGCUAAACCGGUACCACAAGAAGGCUGUUGGCUGUUGGCCUGUGGAGGAACACCUGCCAAGUGGAGCAGAGGCUGAGCCGAACCUAAAGGAGGGGGAACAAGCUCUGCUAGAGCUGGUCAGCCUAGAAACACAGAGCUUUGCUGUGGCCAGUGAAGAGGAUCAUGCCCAGGAACUGCUGACUCCCAGCUACCAGCUCAGAAUCAUGUCAUCAGGCCAGCGGGUGUGGCAUACAGCUAUGCCACCCCACCACCAGAGCAGCUCCACAGCCACAGUGCCCAGGUCUCCUGGCCCAGUUGGCAGCCCCAGAUCCCCCAGUACUCCUGGCUCAGAGAAGGUGGCCUCCCCACUAGAGUGUUCCAUCUGCUUCUCAGGCUAUGACAACAUCUUCAAGACACCCAAGGAGCUCUCCUGUACUCAUGUCUUCUGCCUUGAGUGUUUGGCUAGGCUAGCAGCUGCUCAACCUGCAGGCCGUCCUGGCAGAGAAGCUGUACCCUGCCCGUUCUGCCGGCAGCCCACAACUGUACCUGCCGCUGGGGCUCCUGCACUGCGCACCAGUCGUCAGCUACAGGCCAAGAUGCCAGUGCACCUACAGAGGGAGGAGUCUGUGUGGCUUGAGGGUACCAAACUAUGUUGCCGCCCCUUGCCCACCACUUCUGGCCAAGAGGCCAGUGGUGUUGUGUGUGUGGAUGUAGGCCUGAGCAAACCAGCUGAGCCCACCCUACCUGCACCUGUCCAGGACCCUGCACCCAACCAAGGCUGUCUGGCCCGAUGUUGGGCACGAUUUGGAGACUGGCGUCGUGUAGCACUGGUUUCUGUGCUGUUGCUGGUGUUAUUUUGUGUGGUGCUGUGGCCGGUGCAGUGCGCACUCAAAACUGGAAAUCUGCGCUGCAUCAACCGGCCACCUGCAGCCACUGCCACUCUCACUCCUACUACCGAUGCCCGCUUUCUUGGGCCCUAGCCAACAACUAGGCUCAACACUUGUCCAGGCCAGUUAUCCCACUUGCUCCAUGGAUGGAUCCUGACUUACAUAGGUCAAGAACACAGCAGCUUUGGAAGUUAGUCCCCCAGAACCAAGGACACAUAUGUGUCCCUCAGUCUCUAGGGUUAUGUGCCAAUGGGGACAAAAAAGUCCUCAAAGCCUCUAAGAAAUACAGGCUUCUAAGGCCCUAGAAACUGCCCUCUGACCCUGUUGUACAGAUGGGGAAAGGAGCGCAGGAAUGUCUGGUUAGGCCCCUGACCUUCCUAAACAUACUGAAUUGCCAAAAGGCAGGAGUUUGCCAUCCUUCCUUCCUUUUUUUUUUAAUUAAUUAAAUUUAUUCAUUUACAUCCUGACUGAAGUUUCCAUCCCUCCUCUCCUCCCAAUCCUCCUCCCCCCCAUCCUUUCUUAAGACAUUUUGCCAGGGUCCUUCCUAGUUCCUUUCUCUAGGAAGGGCUGGACCCUUCCAUUCAGUGGGGAUGCUGAGCAGCUAGUUCUCUUAAUAAGAGUGAAAAUGAAAAGGCAGGACACCUCUGCCCAUGCCACAGCAGGAACUUGCCAGCUGUCUCUGGCCAUUAUAAAUGGUACAUUUUAAAAUAAAUUAUUUUGUAUGAA